AUGAAAAUUUUACCAAGCUUAUUUGCUUUUUCCUUGAGUGAAGAAAAUGUAAAGAGACCAAAUGUGAUCCUACUUCUCGCCGAUGAUUUUGGCAUGGGCGACUUUCAAAUCAAUAAUUCCCGCGCCAAAGUCCCAACUCCCAACAUUGACAGAAUCGGAAAAGAAGGAAUCAACUUCCGCGAUGGUCACAGUGCUUCAAGUCGAUGUGCUCCAAGUCGGUACAUGCUCAUGACGGGAAGAUACAGUCUGGGAAUCGAGCGAAACAGAAUUUUGAAGAAGGGAACUCCGCAUCUUGGCGAAAUGUUCAAAAAAGCAGGCUACAGAACAGCGGUCAUCGGAAAAGAUCAACCGCUCAAUGUCAAGAUCAAGAACACCAGCAUCAGCAACGAAAAAGCUAACGAAAUCAUGAACGCUAGAAUCGCCUACAAAAAGAAGAACUUCGGCGAAGAUAUGGUCCGAGAUCCGGGAAUGGACAAUAAGAAUUUCUACGUUCCGGGCGACUACAAAAUGACCGUCAGCCAAAAAGACUUCAAUUACGACUAUGCUUUCACCUCAACUUCACCUUGCUGUCUUCCUGCUGGUUUCUUUGAAAACGGAGUCGGGAUCGAGCCCUUCGACAGAUACGCAAUUCAGCGGCCAUUUCCAGAAGGCGUUGAAAAUCGAAGCAAAGAUGGUUUCUCCGAAGAAAUUGCAAAGCGAGAUGAUUUUUGGUCAUACCACACAUUCAAUCCUUUCUACAGAUGGUCUACGGAAGAAGAGAGUAUUACCGCGCGGUUCAAGAGCGGUUACGUCGCAGAGCCAUUCUUUGAAGAGCCAGAAUAUGGACCAGUUUUGAUGGGAAACUAUCCAAGCUCGAUUCUUGUUCAGAACUCUUAUGACUCGCGAAAUGCCGAAGAUGUCAUUCUUCCCAGAGCCCUCAACUUCAUCGAGGAAAACGCGAACCAAGAUGAGCCCUUUUUCAUGUACUACGGCCUUCGCUCCGGUCAUCGUCCUUUCAACUCUCCUGAGCGAUACAGAAAUACAACCGAAGCUGGCCUUGUUGGCGAAAUGAUCAAAGAAGUCGACGAGAACGUUGGAAUCCUGUUCGACAAGUUGGAAGAACUCGGCAUCGAUGAUGAUACUCUGAUGGUUUUCAUGUCUGAUAAUGGAGCAGAUCAGAGCUCGGAUUUUAGCUGGAUGAAAUAUGGACACAUGCAGAACUCGAUGGAUAUUGAUGAUCGGCCAUCAGUUCCACUUAGAGGAACAAAAAACACUCCAUAUGAAGGCGGCCACAGAAAUUCUUUCAUGUGGCGCUGGCCAGCAAAAUGGGCUCCACAAACCAUUGAAACAACAACAGUCUCCUACCUUGACGUCUUUGGAACUCUCGCUGACAUCAUCGGCUACGAGCGAAAAUGCAACGAAGCUCCCGACAGUCGAUCGCUCGUCCCACUCAUCGAAAAAGGAGAGAAGCCAUUUCCUGAAGAAGUGAUUCACCACUCGGUCGCGCAUAAAAUCAGUUUGGGUGGAGUAGCGCUGAGACAAGGGGACUGGAAAUGGAUUCCAGGAACGAAUGAAUUGUUUCAUAUCGGAGCUGAUCGAUCAGAAAAGAGGAAUAAAUAUGAAGAUCGCCCGGCACUUCUUUUGAAACCCGUCAAAAGACAAAUGAACGAAACUCUUAAUGAAAUUCUCGCAAAAAUCGAUGAGCGAGAAGCUCUUCAAAACGAAGGCGCUCUAGAAAUCUGCAUGUAA